UUUUAAUUCAGGGAGAAGUAUGACUGUAGUUGAGACGUGUCAAGAAAAUCAGUAGUUUUGGAGGGCUUUAAUUCCUAGCUGUGGUACCCUGGACAGGAGUGCACCAGAGGAGAAAUAAAGGGGAAAGCAUCACCCUAGGCUUGACAAAUAUCCACAGACAGUCGGAAAUUGUGGUAGGAGCCUGUGGAGGGCAGCGCUGUCUUGCUGGGGAUGGUGCAUUGAAUAGCUCAGAGAUGCCAGCUGCUAAGAAAAGCUGUCUCUGAUACAGCCUGAGUGCAUGCAAAAGAGCAGCAAGAUGCCUCACACCAAAGACUCUUCAUCUCUGACUAGCAAUGAUUCCUAUGAAACACCAGCACUAUCAGACCUCCAGCGGCUUCUGUGGUUCAGAGGAGGGUCUGAUAAUCAUGUGGACCAAGUCUGGCCAAAUAUCUACCUGGGAGAUGCGUGGGCUGCCAGGAGCAAAACUACUCUUCAAAGCCUCAACAUUACUCAUAUCCUUAAUGCAGCAGAUGGACCAUAUAGCAUCAACACAGGAGCCAAAUAUUAUGAAGAUCUGCAAAUAGAGUACUAUGGAGUAGAAGCAUUUGAUGAUCCUUCCUUCGAUUUAAGUAUCUUCUUCUAUGAUGCUGCCAAUUUCAUAGGCCAGGCCUUAAACUCUUCAGGAGGUAAGGUGUUUGUUCAUUGUGCCAUGGGAGUGAGCCGCUCAGCGACUUUAGUGCUCGCCUUUUUAAUGAUCCAUGAAAACAUGACACUCGUGGAUGCUCUGAAGACGGUGGGUGCUCACAGAGACAUCUGCCCAAAUUCAGGGUUCCUCAGCCAGCUCCGGGACUUGGACAUUAAACUGAACGAAGAGAAGAAAGGAACCAGAGCAUCUGCUCCUAAAGAGCUGUAAGAGAGUAUUGCUGAAAGAGACAGGACAAAAUCUCACUUGAGUUGCCUGUCUCUCUUAUAGAUGAACCACAUUUAUAAACUAAGGACACAAGAUUAUGAGACACCAUAACGCAUGUUAUUAAUAAAAGUAGAUUUUGCCUGAUCUUUCCAUUUUGCAAAGCCCUCCUAGGUUUAUACCUAUGAUUGAUUGCAUACUCUAUCCUUCACUCUCCACCUUAAAACAUUGCUCUCUACUGGUUAAAAAGAAAAAAAAAAAAGAAAGAAAGAUAUCAGGUUCCACUUCAGAAAUAGCUGUGUUUUUAGCAACUAGUGAAGCUCAUAUCACUUUAUGAAGUGUUAGGCUAUUUGAGGUGAAGGAUGCCAUAUUAUUUAUGCUACAGUAAUGCUUAGAAGUUUUCUUAUGAACCAGCCCCCACCCCUUUGCUCCCCGUAUCUCAAAGGGUUUGUAUUUUGAGACUUGAAUCUGGCACUGGUUAGUUCUUGAUUUUACAAUAGGUGGAGCUCCUGAGUUGGGGUAAGAGGUUUUUCAAAGGCAACACAGCUGUGAAACAACACAAGCCACUCUAAGGAAUUAUUCCAGGUCUCUCUAUAGUGUUUUCCCUUUGGCUAUUCAUUAGAGUUUUUUUCUCCACAAAAAUACGUUUCUUUUAGAGGAUAUUCAAAUAUUUUUCAUCUUCCAUAGCAAAAAUCAUCCAGGAAUGCUGCAGAAAAUGCUUCUGAAGAAGAAGGUGGGUUUCCAGCUGAGGGUCCAACCAGCUGUAUGGGCAGUGAGAGUGGGUGCAAAGUUCAAUAUAUCCCAGAUUUGUCUGACAGUUGAAAAUUACAAAA